AUGUACAGUGACACCAAUGACACUCAGAAUGCAAUUAAAUCUUACAAAAAACUUCUCGAGAUACAUGAAUUUGAUCUAUCAACAAAUGCUGAACUGUUAACUCCUUUUCUAUUUAAAGGUGUUCUAGAACUAUUUUCGCUUUAUCAUCGAACAUCACAAAUGGACAAAGGACAGCAAUUAUUAAAAAGAUUACGCCAAUCUUUAACCGUUACACCUACUGGUGAUGAUUGUAUUUUUGUUGAAGAAUAUCGACAAAUUUUUGCUUGUUUAUUAGGAGUGGAUUUGUAA